CAGUUGCCCGUCUGCGGCCUCAGAAGCGCUCGGGCGGCACCGGCACCUCGGGGAGCCCACAGCUGGGCGGACAGACGGUGGGCCCGGCCCAGUCUCUCCGAGGAAGAAGGAGGGCGCCACCUUACCGGGGUCCAGACCCCCCCUCUGCCCCCGCAGCUUGCCUAGGCCGGUGGGGGGAAAGCUUGAGGAGCCGCGGACGCUCCCCGGCGCCGGUGCCGCCGCCGCCGCCAUGGCUGCCAUGAUGGAGCGGAAGUGAGGCUCAGGGCGAGGGCUGCCGGCGCCGGUGCUUCGAGUCCGGGUCCCCCCGCGCGUUCGCCGGAGAAGCUCAGCGCGGCCAACUGCCGACCCCCUAGGCCUGCGCGACUCCACGCCCGUGGCUCGCACCCGCUUCCUCUCAGACUAAGCGGCGGGGAGUGGCUCCCGGCCUCCGGCCCCGGCAGCGAGGAAGAUGGCGGACCCUGCUGAGUGCAACAUCAAAGUGAUGUGUCGCUUCAGACCGCUCAAUGAGUCUGAGGUGAACCGCGGCGACAAGUACGUCGCCAAGUUUCAGGGAGAGGACACGGUCAUGAUCGCGUCCAAGCCUUAUGCAUUUGAUCGGGUGUUCCAGUCAAACACAUCUCAAGAGCAGGUGUAUAAUGACUGUGCAAAGAAGAUUGUUAAAGAUGUACUUGAGGGAUACAAUGGGACAAUAUUUGCGUAUGGACAAACAUCUUCUGGGAAGACGCACACAAUGGAGGGUAAACUUCAUGAUCCAGAAGGCAUGGGAAUUAUUCCAAGGAUAGUGCAAGAUAUUUUUAAUUAUAUUUACUCCAUGGAUGAAAAUUUGGAAUUUCAUAUUAAGGUUUCAUAUUUUGAAAUAUAUUUGGAUAAGAUAAGGGACCUAUUAGAUGUUUCAAAAACCAACCUUUCAGUUCAUGAAGAUAAAAACCGAGUUCCCUAUGUAAAGGGGUGUACAGAGCGUUUUGUUUGUAGUCCAGAUGAAGUUAUGGAUACCAUAGAUGAAGGAAAAUCCAACAGACAUGUAGCAGUUACAAAUAUGAAUGAACACAGCUCUAGGAGUCACAGUAUAUUUCUUAUUAAUGUAAAGCAAGAGAACACACAAACGGAACAAAAACUCAGUGGAAAACUUUAUCUGGUUGACUUAGCUGGUAGUGAAAAGGUUAGUAAAACUGGAGCUGAAGGUGCUGUGCUAGAUGAAGCUAAGAACAUCAACAAAUCACUCUCUGCCCUUGGGAAUGUAAUAUCUGCCUUGGCUGAGGGUAGUACGUAUGUUCCAUAUCGAGAUAGUAAAAUGACAAGAAUCCUUCAAGAUUCAUUAGGUGGCAACUGUAGAACCACUAUUGUAAUUUGCUGCUCUCCAUCAUCAUACAAUGAAUCUGAAACAAAAUCUACACUGCUGUUUGGCCAAAGGGCCAAAACAAUUAAGAAUACAGUUUGUGUCAAUGUUGAGUUAACUGCAGAACAGUGGAAAAAGAAGUAUGAAAGAGAAAAAGAAAAAAAUAAGACCUUGCGGAACACUAUUCAGUGGCUUGAAAAUGAACUCAACAGAUGGCGUAAUGGGGAGACAGUGCCUAUUGAUGAACAGUUUGACAAAGAGAAAGCCAACUUGGAAGCUUUUGCAGUGGAUAAAGAUAUUACUGUUACCAAUGAUAAACCAGCAGCUACAAUUGGAGUUACUGGAAACUUUACUGAUGCUGAAAGAAGAAAGUGUGAAGAGGAAAUUGCUAAAUUGUACAAACAACUUGAUGACAAAGAUGAAGAAAUUAAUCAACAGAGUCAGCUGGUAGAGAAAUUGAAGACACAAAUGUUAGAUCAGGAAGAGCUUCUGGCAUCUACCAGAAGGGAUCAAGAUAAUAUGCAAGCUGAGCUGAAUCGCCUUCAAGCAGAAAAUGAUGCUUCUAAAGAAGAAGUAAAAGAAGUUUUACAAGCCUUAGAGGAACUUGCUGUCAAUUAUGAUCAGAAGUCUCAGGAAGUUGAAGACAAAACUAAAGAAUAUGAAUUGCUUAGUGAUGAACUGAAUCAGAAAUCAGCAACUUUAGCAAGUAUAGAUGCUGAGCUUCAGAAGCUUAAGGAAAUGACCAACCACCAGAAAAAACGAGCAGCUGAGAUGAUGGCAUCUUUACUGAAAGACCUUGCAGAAAUAGGAAUUGCAGUAGGAAAUAAUGAUGUGAAGCAGCCUGAAGGAACUGGCAUGAUAGAUGAAGAGUUUACUGUUGCAAGACUGUACAUUAGCAAAAUGAAAUCAGAAGUAAAAACACUGGUAAAACGCUGCAAACAAUUAGAAGGUACACAGACUGAGAGCAACAAAAAAAUGGAAGAAAAUGAAAAGGAAUUAGCAGCAUGCCAGCUUCGUAUCUCUCAACAUGAAGCCAAAAUCAAAUCAUUGACUGAAUACCUUCAAAAUGUGGAACAAAAGAAAAGGCAGUUGGAAGAAUCUGUUGACUCCCUUGGUGAAGAAUUAGUCCAGCUUCGAGCACAAGAGAAAGUUCAUGAAAUGGAAAAAGAGCACUUAAAUAAGGUUCAGACUGCAAAUGAAGUUAAGCAAGCUGUUGAACAACAGAUUCAGAGUCACCGAGAAACUCAUCAAAAACAAAUUAGCAGUUUGAGAGAUGAAGUUGAAGCAAAAGAAAAACUUAUCACUGAUCUUCAAGACCAAAACCAGAAAAUGAUGUUAGAGCAGGAACGUCUGAGAGUAGAACAUGAGAAGUUGAAAGGUGUAGAUCAAGAAAAGAGCAAAAAACUACAUGAACUUACAGUUAUGCAAGAUAGACGAGAACAAGCAAGACAAGACUUAAAGGGUUUGGAAGAGACAGUGGCAAAAGAACUUCAGACUUUACAUAACCUUAGGAAACUGUUUGUUCAGGACCUCGCCACCAGAGUUAAAAAGAGUGCUGAAAUUGAUUCUGAUGACACCGGAGGCAGUGCUGCUCAAAAACAGAAAAUCUCCUUUCUUGAAAAUAAUCUUGAACAGCUCACUAAAGUGCACAAACAGUUGGUACGUGACAAUGCAGAUCUUCGGUGUGAGCUUCCUAAGUUGGAAAAGCGACUAAGAGCUACAGCAGAGAGAGUGAAAGCUUUGGAGUCAGCACUGAAAGAAGCCAAAGAAAAUGCAUCCCGUGAUCGCAAACGUUAUCAGCAAGAAGUCGAUCGUAUAAAGGAAGCAGUCAGGUCAAAGAAUAUGGCCCGAAGAGGACAUUCUGCACAAAUUGCUAAACCCAUUCGUCCCGGGCAGCAUCCAGCAGCUUCUCCAACUCAUCCAGGUGCAAUUCGCGGAGGAGGUGCAUUUGUUCAGAAUAGCCAGCCAGUGGCAGUACGAGGUGGAGGAGGCAAACAAGUGUAAGCUUUACACUUUACCUACAGGUGUUGAAAGUAAUUGAAGUAUGAAGAGGACAUAAUAUCAAAUAGAAUCAGUCAAUGUAUAACCCGCUGGGAAUUGUAGAAUUAUAACUUUUUUUAAUGUAUAAAUUAUACCUGGCCUGUACAGCUGUUUCCUACACACUCUUCUUGUAAACUGUGCUGCUUCCCAACACAACUAGAGUGCAAUUUUGGCGUCUUAGGAUGGGAAAAUGACGGUUUACAACUGUGGCCCUAUUUAUUUACACAGUUUAUCUUUGUGUCUUUUGUCUUCACUGUGCCAAGUUCACUCUACCAUAUAUAAGAUUGUGCUUUUUGUACUUGUUUUUUGUGUGUGUGUUUAUUUUUAAUCUCAUUUUAAAUUACCUA